AGGUUAAAACUAACAAAAUUAUCUAAAAAAUUAAAGAGUUAGGCGUGCAGAUCUACGACAUUUCCGUAAACAUUUCCGCAUAUUCAGUUUCAUCGUCAACUUGGCGUGCUCUGACCUAUUGCUAUGUGUGGUUACCGCUCCAGUGACUCUGUAUACCAGUGCCAAUGUAUUCUGGCCAUUCGGGAAUAUAUCCUGUAAGGUGUUGAGCAUAUGUGGUCGAUCUUACCCGGAAAUCUGCGUUGAGAUGCAAGACACAUGGGAUCGAGCUUAUAUCUCUAAAACAACCUUUACUAUAACUGUACUGGCUAUCCAGCACUUUUGGAGGGAUAAGUAUGAUUGAAG